AUGCACGCCUUGCCCUGGACGCAAGAGCGUUGGAUCGGCUCGGUGUUGCAGUCCUUCUCGCCCACCUUGACCUAUCGCAGCGACGGUGAAACCUACCGAGUACUGGGCGCUUUGUCCAUGAAGAUAUCGGAAUUCCUGCAGCUUUUGGCCAGCGCCUUACUGACCUUGGACUCGCCCUUCUGGCUACGGCUGGAGCUGAACCGUGCCAUCCGAGCUUUGCAAGAUGCGCGGCGCGAGUGCAUCGCCUGCCACGCGGCACUGGCCGGUGAUGCCUCCUGGACGUCGCAGCUCUAUGCCGUCUACAAAAGUGCUCAGCUGGGCAUGGCAUACUGGGCGAACCGGCCACUGGCCUCGUGGCUGAACACGUGGUCGGAGCACACGAACUUCUUGGCAGAUUGGGAUCCGAAGAGCCCUCUGGACUCAAAGCCCUUUCGGUUGGCCUCAGUGAACGUGACUUGGAUUGUGCAAACCAAUGGCCACAAGUGGGGCAGCCGAAUUCAGUGUGAGGGAAGAUGCCAAUGA